UACCGAAGGGAACAGGGUGGAGCAAACGGCGCAACUUUGAAGCGAUCUGUAGAGGCCGGAGGGGUAGCAGCUUACACGGAACGGCCCGCCGGCGGGGACGCAUCGCGGGCACGCUUGGACUGCAGUCGGGCGCUCCUGCGCGGUUCUGCCGCUGCCAGCCGAUUCAUGGCGAACCGAACGCCGCGGAAUCGACGGUUCGUCUUCUAGUGGAAGGGGAAGGAGGGACGAGGGUUUCGUUUUAGGAAGACCCCACGAAACAGAAACAAGUGUAGUUAAUCAUCGGGACGAGGGACGAGUCUAUUUUAAGGCGGCCGCUAGCUUAGCCCAGAUGGGAUCGCCGUCUCCGGCGCCGCCGCCGCCGCCGCCCAAGUGGAUUAUGCUGCGCCGCGUUCCGCAAGUGUGCCAUGAUCUCUACGCUGACUUCUCCGUCACGCUCGCCGAGCCCCCGCGCCCCACCGAGCUCGUCGUAUCCCCGCAUCUCGCCCCCGAUGGCGUCUCCGCCGACUGUUUCCCUUUGGUCCACGCCGCCGAUCCGUCCGGAAUCCUCCUCGUCUCCGCCACCUACGACCGCUGCUCCAUGGCCCCUCCCUCCGCCGACAAGCAGGCGGGGGAUUACACGACCAACUACUUCGCCUGGCAUGCCGCCAUCGACUACACCCACCGCCUCCCGCCACAUGAGGACUCUGUAAAGCACACCGGCAACGUCGGCCUCGUCGUCGACAAGUACAAUUUCAUGGUCGCCGAGCUCCUGCCCGCCGGCGACGGCGACCGCGCCAGUCUACUCUGCUAUUGGUCAUAUGAUCGUGAAUGGGUGAAGAAAACUCUCCCCUUUCCCCUCAAAUGCCCUUGGUCUAGUGCCCGUACCUUCUCGCACCAAGGGAAGCUCUGGUGGUUGGAUCUUUCGCAAGGUCUUCUCUGCUGCGAUCCUUUUGCUAAAGAGACGGAGCUCCUCUUCGUGCCAUUCCCUGAUGAUAUAGAUACACACACUCGAGGCAGAGAUGUCGGCAACCGUCGCUGCGUAAAUCUGAGCAAUGGUGCGCUGUGGUUAGCGGAGAUGACUUACCACCGCCGUGCGCUGUUCGUUAAGAUGUGGAAGCUGGGCACUCAAGGGCAAUGGACUCCCGAUUACACAGUUAAGUUUGCGGAUAUCUGGGCUGACAGGAGCUACAAGGAAACUGGAAUACCGAAGAAGAAGCCGGCAUUGGUAGCCAUCAACCCUGAUGAUCCCGAGGUGCUUUACUUCUCUUUGGAGGGUAAUCUCCUCCAAGUUAACAUGUGUGCCAAAAGAGUUGAGCUGUGUGUGGCUUUCAGGCGCCCUACCACAGAUUUGAAAAUAGACCAGGGGUCCUCGCAGUUUAUUCUCACUUGGAAUCUUCCGACAUCGAUAGUUUCAUCAUCAGUAGGACGAAAGCAAGAAGAGCGGUCAUCGAGGGAUUCAGCUUUUGAUAUGAUUGCAGAUUCGUUCACCAAUGCAUGCGCUAGUGUGCUUGAUGAUAUGGAAUUUAAUCAGCUGGCUAUGACUGCAAUUGAAUACCUUAACCAGAGCCGAAAGGAAGAGAAGGUCAAGUUCAGAUUGUCUGAGCGUCUCUGCCAAUGUUAUUUUGACGAGGAGGAGGCUAGUACUUCCCACAGAAAGCAAUAUAUCCAUAUGAACUUCUAUGUUCACACGGAGUCUGAAAGGCUUCCGCAGCUUGUGUUUGCGGAGUUUGUCGAAGCUAAUAGGAACGAUGAUUGUUCCUGGGAUUUGUUGUCAUGCAAAACUAUAACCAAGAACAGUCCUGGUACAUUUUAUUUCCUCUCAAUAGUUGUUCUAAUUUUGGAUUAAUCCUUGUUCACCUAUUGAUAGAAGGGAGUUAUUUUGAGAUACACAUAGUCAAUAAUUGUGAAAUCUGAACUUCUCCUAAGAUCUUUCUUGGUAUUAGGAUUGCACACGUGAUACUGGUAGAUGUAGAUAUAUCUAAAAAAGUACUUCCUCUAUAAACUUUUAUAAGACAUUUUAGAUCACUACUUAUAAAAGUUUACAGAGGGAGCACUUUCCUAAUAUUAAAGAUUUAUCGAGUUUAUUAAUAUAUUGCAACAACAACAGUGCAGUACUUUGUUGAACCAGGCUAGUUAAGAUGAACAUAUGGUUCAUUACUUGGUUGAACUUGGUUACAUCAGAAUAUUAGAUGAACUAGAUGCUGAGCUAUGCAUCCUUUGUUCACUAUUAUGUGCCUUAUAACUAGAAAUCAACCUAGUACUUUAUUCCAAUUUAAUGUUACUACUGAGCCCUACAAGCUGUAGCCCUCAAGCUUCUAAUGGUGUACUAAUAGACAAGACUAAGAGUUAAUGACAGUAGUUCUUUCUAGGAGUAAAUGGCAAGCAGUUUUAUGUAUUUUGAUGUGUUAGGUGUUGAGGCCUUGUGCCUAUCGUGACCAAAUUGUGCGGCGAUUAGUGUUCCAUUUUUUAGCGGCAGUAAUUAUGUACCACAAUCUUGCAGAAAUUUUCACUUUGCCAGAAAAUUGUUCAAAUACUGAGACAUGCUAUUAAAGAGCAACGCACUAAGAGCAUGCGUAUUCUCAAGUAUUGAUGCGACUUACUCCAGUGCUACAAAAGUCUUGUUGUUUUGGACAUUGAAAUGUUCACCAAUAUGGAUCUUCGACCAUUACCUUCUCUAUUCAUUUAUUACUAAAGUUACAGAAAAUAUGAUGACAUGAAAGUACUUUGACAAACCUAUUACUUGGUUUCACAAUAUUUAUCCCAAAUGCAUAUCUAGGAGGUACCGAACUAAAAAAUGAUUUGAUAUAAUCCAACCAUACUUGCUCUCACUGAUAAAUUAGUCGUUCUCUAUUUAAAUAGAAUCAAGUAUGGUAAGAUUCCAUCAAAUAUUAAUUGACUCCAUCUUGUAGUUACGAGCAGGGGUUUGCUGCUGUGAAACGGGGGGAGUAGUACCAUCUUCAUAUAAAGCAUAUAAAUAGAUUUACAUAUAUUAGUGGUUGACGGUGUCACGACCCAGGGUGCCUCAAGAUCCUAGAAGUUAGUUCACCAGACUGCUCAGGAGCCCUAGGCCGCUAUACGGCUUGGCCAUCAGCCUGACUUGGGAGGCCUGGAGAAGGAAGGAACCGACUUCCUUGCUGUGCAAGACAAGGAGGCCAAACAUCCUUCAACCACCUUAGAACCGACUAGACUCUUUAACCCUAGGCCCCUGGCAUCCUUUAUAAUCUCAUGCUUGGGCUAAUCGAUACCAUCAUUAUACCUAUGAUCCCUGAUAUUUGUAUUGUCCUCUGUACCCUCAUCCAAUCAAUACAAUAAGAGCAGGAGUAGGGUUUUACCUCCAUAGCGUGAGGGCCUGAACCUGGGUAAAUUAUCCCCUAUUCCUUCUCUGGGCUUUCCAGCUAGUUGCAGGACCCUAUCGAGGGGCCUCCCGGAAUUCACACCAACAAUGGCGCGCCAGACACGGGUCGUGCUUGCUGGAACUGAGAUCUAGAUGGAUCUGACAUCAAUCGUGCCGCCUUCUCUAUUGGGCAGAUGUUUGCUUUCGGGCGAUGAACUGCAUCACCAACUCGGCGGAGCAGAUUGAGCCAUUGACACCUACAAGCCAGGCCAGAUUCUCCUCUUCGGGGGCCUGGAAUUCAUCACCGACUCGCGCGGCAAGCUUCGCCUCUGUGGCCAGUCGCCUUGUUGAGCACAUGAGUCAGGAAUUGAAGUUCCUCAGGGAGAUUCUUCGUCUUUCUG